CCAAGCUGAUUGCAGCCAUCAAUGCAGGGUUGAUACCUGGUUUGAACGGAGGUGUGGUAAAUGGACUGAACCCUGGGCUGUUGGCUGGAGGCCUGAACCCGGCCAUGCUGGCAGGUGGAGGGGUGGGCCUCAUCAGGCAGCCUCAGUUUGCACAGCUUGUUCCUGGAGUUCCUGCCUUUGCUCUACAGGCCCCUGUUCCCAACAUGUACCAAGUCCCUGCAGCCAAUGGGUUUCCUUUCAUGGGAGUUCCUCAAAUGGCCCAGAUGAAUCCUGCUCAGCAGCCUUUCAUGGCCCAGAUGAAUCCUGCUCAGCAGCCUUUCAUGGCCCAGAUGAAUCCUGCUCAGCAGCCUUUCAUGGCCCAGAUGAAUCCUGCUCAGCAGCCUUUCAUGGUUAAUACAGGAGGAGCUGCGCCACAGCAGUUUCCACUUCAGCCUGAUCCUCUGAGAAGAUUCAGGCGUCAGAUGAUGAAACAGGACGACAACAUGAAGACCACUUUGGAUACUCAGAUUCCAGCUCCGACUGACGAAGCAGCUGCAGCUCUGUGUGAUCACCACGAUCAACACCAGGAUGUUUGAGAUAGAACUAGAAUACAGUGUUCAGAAAAGCUUCACUUGUAUGAUUUCCACUAUAAGGAACCUGUGUGUAUUGUGUUUGAAUCAGAAA